AUGACCAGCUCCGUUUCCUGUGGUGGCCUGACGGCGAUCUGCAAUUGGAACUCGAGGGAAUACAGAAUGGCAGUCCACAUAUUCGGUGCUGUAUCUUCUCCCAGUAUAGCUAACUUUGCUCUCAAAGCUACAGCUGACAAAGCAGAAGAGAAGUAUGGAACUGAGGUUGCUGACACAAUUAGAAAGAAUUUCUAUGUGGAUGAUUGGCUCAAGUCUGCAGCAAAUGAAAGGAAAGUUAUCCAUCUCAUCAAGGAUGUACAAUCAGCAUGUGCAGAAGGUGGAUUUCGCUUAACUAAGUUUGUAUCCAACAGCCGAGAUGUUCUUAAAUCAAUCCCUACAGAAGAUCGUGCCAAACAGAUUCAAACUUGUAACUUGGAUUACGAUGAAAUACCCAUAGAACGGGCACUUGGUCUUCAAUGGCAUGUCAGCACUGAUAUGUUUGGCUUCUCAACAGAUCUACCUAGCAAGCUGGUGACCAGAAGAGGAAUACUAUCAACUGUCUCCUCGCUAUAUGAUCCACUUGGUAUGGUUUCUCCUGUCAUUUUGCCAGCAAAGAAAAUUCUACAAGAUCUCUGUGUAGACAAAACACUUGGUUGGGAUGAUGAGAUACUACCUGAACUGAACCACAGAUGGAAAGAAUGGUUGAGUGGUUUACCGCAGCUCAACGAUAUGAGAAUACCUAGAUGUCUAAGGCCAGUUGAGUUUGGUCGGAUUGUAUGUAGACAGUUACAUCUAUUUUCAGAUGCCAGUUCCAUUGGUUAUGGCUGCGUUGCAUACUUGCGUCUACUUGAUGAAGGUAAAAACAUCAAUGUGUCCUUCCUGAUGGGCAAGUCAAGGCUGGCGCCAGUAAGAACAGUCACUAUCCCUAGGCUUGAACUAACAGCAGCAUCAGUAUCACUUCAGCUCGGGCAACAACUACUGAACCAGCUCGACAUGGAGAUUGAUGAAGUAUCAUACUAUACUGAUUCUACCACAGUCCUUCACUACAUCAAUAAUGAAGCAAAACGCUUCCCAGUGUUUGUGGCAAAUCGGGUUCGUUUAAUCAGAGACUACUCGCAACCGUCACAGUGGAAGUUCAUAGACUCUCGCACCAACCCAGCUGACAUUGCCUCAAGAGGCAUGAGUAUAGGGCAAUUCCUUCAUGCUGACACUUGGUUUCAUGGACCCAAAUUCCUCCACGCUCAUGAAUCAGAAUGGCCAGACUGCUCCAUUCCAAGUACACCAGCAGAAACAGUCCAAACCACAGACCUACAACCUGAGAUGAAUCAUUGUAUGGAGAAGUUGAUCUCUCAUUAUUCCAACUGGUAUCGUUUGAAACGCGCUCUGGCUGUCUACAUCUUUCUCAGGGAUGUACUUCACUCACGGAUCAAGCAGAAACACAAGCUUAAGGAGUACCAUACAUCAACUGACCAACCUUUCACGGUGGGACGACUAGAGGAAGCAGAACUCGUCAUUAUUAAGUAUGUACAACAUGUAGCAUUUCCUUCCGAAUGUGAAAGUCUGUCUGAUGCCGAGUGCUGA